UUCAGGAGAUGGACGUCACUGUGGCAGUGAACGACACCGCCGGUUCACAGGGGGCACCAAACUGUAGUGAGCUGCUGAGCUGGCUCAAUACAACUUUAAAGGCGGACUUCACCAAAGUGGAGCAGGUGUGCACAGGCACAGCAUUUUGCCAGCUGAUGGUCUGGUGCUUUCCCCAGUCGCUGCAGCUCUCCAAGGUCCGGUUCCAAAGCUACAACAAUGCAGACUGUCUUAUCAACUUCAGUAUUCUGCGGGAUGCAUUCAGAAAAGUUGGAGUGCGCAGAUACAUCCCCAUCAAGACGCUGGUGGAGAGGAACUCUCUGGUGUGUCUGGCCUUCCUGCACUGGUUUAAACAGUUCUUUGAAGAGAACCGAACAGACCAAGAGUACGAUCCCAUAAAGGCCAGAGGUGGACUGAGAUUGCUUCCUGCUGACUCAGGUGGGAGCGGUCACUGUCAAGCCUCCAGGACGCCUCUCCAGACGUCAGGGGUGAAUGUGAAGAAAUCUCAAGAUGCCAAAACAGCGGAAGUCCAAAGUAAAGAAAAAUCGAAGGAGGGUUUGAACAAGAAUGACGAUGUGAUUGUGUUGAUAUCAGACGAGGACGACGUCUUGGGUGUGACGACAGAGCUGGAAGCAGAGAAAAUGGAGACGACUGUGAAUGGAGAUUGUGCACAGCCGCAGGACGUAAACAGUGGAGCAGCAGCGGUGGUCGAUGGAAAUCAAGGGACUAGUUUUCCAUGCAGAGAUACUUUGCUGUGUUUCAUCCGGAGGUACUGUGAGGACUCCAACAUUAAAGCAAAAACUCACCGUGCCAUGUUGAGUGCAACACACCCCUCAGACAUCAUCCAGGCCUGCUGUCAUACUCCAUACUGCCUUUACCUGUACAUGGGGGUGGAGCUGGGCGAAGGACACACCACAAGUGUCGUUCUGAUUGGCUACUUUGACCAGAACUUAGAGGUCAGCGUUGUGAGGCCGCUGUUCACUCUACAGAUGAGUGUGGACACCCCAGCGAACACGGACACCGAGCCUGUCCCGGGCAAAGAAACUGGAGAAAUGAGCGUUGAUCCUCCAGCGAUGACGGAAACUGUCACAGGCAAAGAAACUGGAAACACUGACGCACGCCUUCUGCUUGAUUCCUUAGAGAAAAGUGGCCUUCCUAUUUACUACCUCACUAUGUUUUAUUGUAACACUCCAAAUCCAAAGCUGAGCCAGGUGUUUGUGUCCAAGCUCCAAACCAUCAACAGUAAGUUUUUAUCACUCUGCGGCCUGUCUGGGAUGGUCGAAAGAGCCUGCGAGGCUGCACUUUUGGCUUCCUUUAGUCCUGCGGUUGACCUGGUUAAAGUCAUCCAUCAUCACCACUCCACUUGCCCUUCAAAUCAGACUCUGAAACUGAUAUUUGCAGGGGCUUAUAACCCGUCCCUUAAUACCUCUGAACAGUUUAUGUUUAUCAUCAACUCUGUGAAGAGGAUGGUAGAGAAGUGGAGGGCUUUAGUGGAUUAUUUUAAAUCAGCGGGGCAAUCAGAGGAUGCUCGCCGGAUCCGAAACCAACUCAUGGAUCAUAAAGUCAAGCUGCACUUUCUGUUUAUUUCAAGUGCCUUGCAGCCCCUGCGAGCUCUGCACAACAUGCGACAACAGGACAAAGAGGAUGUGGCUACUCAGCUCCAGUUCGCCGCCAUGAUUGUUAGCACCUACACAUCCAGUCUCCUGGAGCCGUCUGCGAGACAGGACUUCCUCAGGGGUCGAGACCUGCAACUUCUCAAUGAUGAAAAGAAGCAGCUCCCCCCGUCGAAGCUCGACGUAGGACCUCAGGCCAGGGAGUUCCUGUGGGCCACUGCGGUCGUGGAUCUUGGGGAGCAAGAGAGGAAGGAGUUCCUGAGAAAUGCAGCAACUUUCUACAAAGUCACUCUGGAGAGUUUAGUGGAGAGUCUUCCCAAGCAGCUUGGAGACAUGGCACUGAGGAACAUCAGCAUCAUGCUGAAACACCCAGAUGAUCCCAAAGCGUUGUCAGAGCUUGGGCUUCAUCUGGGUUUGUGUGAGCCUGGAUCUCAAGAGCAUGAACUCUUAAUAAAGGACUACGUCAGGGUGAUAGAUAUGGUCGAGGACAAGAGGACGAGUGGACCAGGAAAAGACCAAAGCUGGAGAAAGACUGGUCUGACCCUCCUGGCGCUGCCGGGCUCUCUACAGCCGGAGGCCGUGUUUGCUAAGGUCGUCGUCAAUAGAGCGCCACGUGAACCAGGCAGGAGUGCAGGACGACCCCGCGUCCGCAGAAGGCGAUACAGUCACACGGGUAAUGACGACCGGAAGAAAAAAGAAAAAGGUGACGGAGAAUCUUCAUCGGAGGAGGGCGAGAGUUCUCAGACCAAACCGGUCCUGGAGAUUCCUGUCAAACAUCACGCAGAGGACUCCGGCCACACGGACAACUCCUCCGAUGUGGUCGUCGUAGAAGACUUUGAGAAGUGGCCCACCAAAAGAGGGGCGGAGUCAGAAGAAGAAGUUGACGUCAGAGGAGAAUCCGAAAUACGUCCGAACACACCGGCCGAGGAAGAAAGUCAGAGGACUCCAGUGGCCGAGACGGUUUACAUCGUGAGCGAGGAAGACGACGACAACGUGGUUUCCAAAAUCAACUCCUCUGAUCCAGCAAAAUAUGUGGGAAUUCUGGUGUGGGGUUUGGUGAACGGUUUCUCCACCUGGCCCGCCAUCAUCGUAGCCUCCGAGGAGAUUCAACCUCCAGGGAAGAGGAUGGUGUGGUGGUACGGACAGAGUAUGUCCACUCAGGUCAGUGUAAAGGAUCUGAAACCAUUCGGUGCCUUCGCUAAGCACUUCUGCUCCAACUCCUUUGCCGUCUUCAUCACCUACAGAGAGGCCAUCUUCAUGUCGCUGCAGGAGGCAGCUCUGCGUUGUAAGAAACGUUUCUCUGUUGAUGUCGCGGACAAAGACGAGCAGCUCAAACACAUGAUGGACUGGGCCUUUGGAGGAUUUCUUCCUGCGGGGCCGGACGGAUUCAAACCAGCUGGUGCCACAAACGGUGAAACUAAAAAGAUGAACCACAAACCAAAGGUGAAGAAGAAGCUCUUCCUGAAAGCGAGCGCUUCUGAUAACUCGGUCAAGUCGUCGUCCUCCUCGAUGAGCAGCAAGAGCGGCAACACCCCAGAACUCAAAAAAGACAAAAACAAAUCCUCCUCGUCCGCCCACAAACGAGCCGGCGGAGGGAGUAAAACUGCGGGGGAAGAAGAAUUAGAUUCUGCAGGACAGGACGCUAAAGGAGUCCUGAAGAAGAAGAAGAAAUCCAGAGGAGAAUUAUCAGCGCAACGGGGCGGCUGGGGACGAGGAGGGAAAGUCCAACAGAAGAAAAUCAGCCUGUUGGAUGGAUUAGAUACCGACAUGUCACCGGACUUUGUGCCGAGCAAGAAGAGGACGCUCACCAAAACGUGCAACAAGGUGGACCGAACGACCAGCGUCUACACACAGCCGGACCAGAAGUUCAGAGAGUCGACCAUACGGGAAAUCAUGAAAUUGAACCAGGACAUCGAAGGCUUUUGUUUGUGUUGCACCACUAAAGACGUGGAGAUAUCCCAUCCUCUGUUCCAAGGCAGCCUGUGCUCCAAGUGUAAAAAUAACUUAACAGAGACUCUUCACCGCUAUGAUGAAGACGGGUAUCAGUCGUACUGCACCAUCUGCUGCUAUGGACUGGAGGUCAUUCUGUGUGGUAACAACAGCUGCAGCAGGUCUUACUGCACCGACUGUCUGAACAUCCUCGUCGGCCCCGGGACGUUCGAUGAGCUGAAGGAAAAGGACCCGUGGAUCUGUUACCUGUGUCUGCCUCGCAAACCCCACGGUGCUCUGAUCCCCCGAGAGGACUGGAGCAUCCGUGUGCAGGAGUUAUUCGCCAACAACAGCGCCAUGGCAUUUGAGCCUCACCGCGUUUACCCGUCUAUCCCCGCCGACUGUCGCAGACCGAUUCGAGUUCUGUCGCUGUUCGAUGGCAUAGCAACAGGCUACUUUGUGCUGCAAGAGCUCGGCUUCCAAGUAGAGAAGUAUGUCGCCUCAGAGAUCUGCGAGGACUCAUUAGCAGUGGCCGAGGUCAACCAUGACAGGAAGAUCGUCCAGGUGGGAGACGCCCGCUUCAUCAGCGAGAAACACCUCGAGAAGUGGGGCCCUUUCGACCUGCUGAUCGGUGGCAGCCCCUGCAACGACCUCUCCAUCGUCAACCCGUACAGAAAAGGACUUUACGAGGGCACCGGCAGACUGUUCUUUGAGUUCUACCGAAUCCUCCAGCUGCUGAAGCCCAAAGAGGAAGACCCCAGGCCGUUCUUCUGGCUAUUUGAAAAUGUUGUAUUUAUGAACACCCACGACAAAGUCAACAUCUGCCGCUUCCUCGAGUCUAACCCGGUGCUGGUGGAUGCAGUCAAUGUCAGCCCUGCACACAGAUCGCGUUGCUUCUGGGGGAACAUCCCCGGGAUGAGCAGGCCAAUCAUAGCGUCCCAAAGUGACAAGCUGACUCUGCAGGACUGUCUGGAGAUCGGCAGAGAGGCUCGGGUCACGAAGGUGAGGACGAUCACCACCAACAGAAACUCUCUGAAGCAGGGCAAAGACGUCUCUCUGCUGCCCGUCCUCUAUAACGGCCGGGAGGACAACCUCUGGAUCACAGAGCUCGAGAAAAUCUUUGGUUUUCCAAAACAUUACACCGAUGUUCGGGACAUGAACCGACUGCAGAGGCAGAAGGUGCUGGGGAAGGCGUGGAGCGUGCCCGUCAUCCGUCACCUCUUCGCUCCUUUGAAGGACUAUUUUUCCUGUAAGGAGCUGCCUCCCAUAACCACAUCCUCCCUCCCCCCCUCCCCCUCCCCCUCCCCAUCCUCUCCUGCCUCUCCAGAACUGCAGCAGCUGAGAUGA